AUGGGAGCAAAAUCACCACAUGUCAGAACUGUGUGUGGUUCAAACAUAUUAACACCGAAAAAAAGACAAACCAAGCAAUUUUACGAGUCUUUGCUUGUUAUAACCAUAGACCUAUGUUAUAACUCAUCGGCAUUAUUCCGCCAGUUCACUGCACUCGAUCGAGGCUUACUGGUAGUCGAAAAAAAAAAGACUACCAACAAGGAGGGCUUGGCCAAAAUGCCGGGCGAGUUGAACAUUGCUUGUCUGUUCCCUGAAAUACUGGCCAUGAUAUUCAGCUACUUGAACGUUCAAGACAAAGGACGAGCUGCCCAAGUGUGUCGGAAAUGGCGAGACGCGGCAUAUCACCGAUCCGUGUGGAAGGGAGUGGAGGCCAAGCUGCAUUUACGGCGGGCGAAUCCGUCUUUGUUUCCCAGUUUAGUGAAUCGUGGUAUAAGGCGUGUGCAGAUACUGAGUCUGAAACGUAGUUUAAGCUCCGUGGUACAAGGUAUGCACAACUUACAGAGUCUCAAUCUGAGUGGCUGUUAUAAUUUGACUGAUGUUGGCUUGGCACACGCUUUUGUACGUGAAAUGCCCAGCCUUACGGUAUUGAACCUAAGCCUAUGUAAGCAGAUAACGGACAGUAGUCUUGGUCGAAUCGCGCAGUAUUUGCGAAACUUGGAACAUUUAGAUCUGGGUGGCUGUUGUAACAUUACAAACACUGGACUGCUGCUGAUCGCUUGGGGGCUCACAAAACUCAGAUACCUAAAUUUACGAAGCUGUCGACAUGUGUCGGAUUCGGGGAUCGCUCAUCUGGCGGGUCUGACGAAAAACGACGCUGGUGGAACGCUGUUCCUACAACAUUUGGUGCUACAGGAUUGUCAGAAACUGACAGACCUUGCCUUGCUCAACGCAGCCAGAGGACUUGUCAAACUGGAAAGCCUAAAUUUAAGUUUUUGCGGGGGAAUCACCGAUUCUGGCAUGGUGCAUCUGAGCAGAAUGCCUAGCCUAAAGGAGUUGAAUUUACGUAGUUGUGACAAUAUCAGCGACAUCGGCAUUGCCCAUUUAGCGGAAGGUGGGGCGUAUCUGCGGACACUGGACGUUAGUUUUUGUGAUAAGGUUGGCGAUGCCUCGCUGACACACAUUGCUCAAGGAAUGUACAGUCUGAUGAGCAUUAGUCUUAGUUCGUGCCCAAUCACUGAUGACGGCAUGGCGAGGUUGGUGAGAACGUUGAGAGAUUUGAAAACUUUGAAUAUUGGACAGUGUAGUCGAAUCACCGACGAGGGACUUGGACUAAUCGCCACCAACCUGAGGAAACUAUCUUGCAUUGACUUGUAUGGCUGUACAAAGAUUACAACUGUCGGUCUGGAGAAAAUCAUGCAACUACCGUGCUUAAGUGUGCUAAAUCUUGGACUUUGGCAUAAGAGGUGAGACCGUGUUUGGAAGCGAUGUCGGCUCACAGACUUCUGGGUAAUUAUUUCGGUGAUAAAAAAGCAUUUCGCCUGUACAGUCAAAAAACCGCGUCAAGUGAAACCCAGGAUUGAACGGGAAAAAACACACAUUGCCAUGUUUGUGUGCGUUCGGGUAAAGAGGUGUCACCGGUUUUGAGAAUACGAAUCCAUACAAAUCACACAUCCACGCGGGAUACAAUGGCGACGAUUCGCAAUGUGGGCUCUGCUGUACACUGAAGUGCCAUGCCGGGGCCAUUCUAUGAAUAGCACCAGUGUGCUCGACUAACGGCUAUAGCAAUGGCGAUAAUGAUGUACUAGACCAACGUGUUUCUACAGCCGUGUACAAAAAUGUAAUAACUCAAGCCAACAAAAAGGCCACAUUCUCUGUUCUCCCACAUUUUACAGAUCGUUUUGGUUCAGACAUAGCCGGUAAAUAUACUCCUAUACCAAACAUUUGAACACGGGAGACGACGAAAAAAGCCCUACCAUGUAUAUGCAAAUUAGUGAGUGACCUUGGACUAGAAUGAGUACGCGCUGACUCGGCUCGGUGUAUCUACCAUGUCAGUUCUGACUGAAGUAAUGUAUAGACAUGGACCUACAAUACCUUAUAUAGUAAGCGUGGGCCCAAACCCCACAGACAACGUAGCCAUAAAAACAAAACAUGGUUAUGUUGAGUUUAUAAGGGAAGUAAAUAGUAGACGAAGAGAGGGCGGAAGAGAAAGAUAUUUUCUUUGCUUCAUUGAAUUCUGACCACGAAUUCACAGCGAACAAUGCUAAACAACUCUGCCAAUAUGGCGAAUAUACAC